AUGUCGGAGCAACAAAAGAAACUGGCAAAAAGCAAAAUCGAGAGUCGGUAUGGUGUUGUCCCUCUGAGAGAAAAGCUUUUUUCCGAGGAAUCAAAACAUCGAACAUACUUCGAUUCCGGAGAUUUUGCUCUCAAUUCUGCACACAAAUCAUCGGAGAUCUCCCAGCAGAGCACCGGUACCAAGCACCCAGAACGUUCUAAUAUCUCUCAUCCAUUCUGCGCAGUCCCUAGUUCGAGUAAUGUCUGCGAGGACGCGAAUGACCCAAUACAGGUCCCGAAAGAGACGUGCGUGAGCCAUCUCAAGGACGAAGAUGACCUAGUCUGCCACGAAGAUCAGGCUUGA